UGCUGGGAUGAGUGGUGGCCAAGGUGCACAGGGGUCAUGGCAAGAAGCAGGGAUAAGGUGGGUAGGAUUCUGGGAUAAGUAGGGUGCUGAAGUGGGCAGACACCAGGACAGGCAGAGGCCAGCACAGGCAAGAUGCUGCAGUGGGUAGGAACCAGACAUCUCGCCAUGUGUGGCCCCCUCAGCCCCCCUUGCUGCCCAUGCAGGUCUGCUGGAGCUGUGCAAGCGGUGUGGCAGUGAAGCUGUGAGCUACCUCAGCGCCCUGCAAGACCCAGGGACGGUGGCAAGUGCUGACUGCACCCUGGUGACAGCCUGCCUGAGCCAGAUCAGCGCCAUCGGGGAGGAGCUGCAUCCCAGAGGUCUGGAUGUCAAGCAGGAGGAGCUGGGUGACCUAGUGGACAAGGAGAUGGCGGCGACAGCCACAGCCAUCGAAACAGCAUCUGCCCGUAUUGAGGAGAUGCUGAGCAAGGCACGGGCUGGUGACACUGGAGUCAAACUGGAAGUUAAUGAGAGGAUCCUGGGCUCCUGCACAGGCCUCAUGCAGGCCAUCCACGUCCUGGUCCUGGCCUCCAAGGACCUCCAGAGAGAGAUCGUCGAGAGUGGACGGGGUGCAGCAUCCCCCAAGGAGUUCUAUGCCAAGAAUUCACGCUGGACCGAGGGUCUCAUCUCUGCCUCUAAGGCAGUGGGCUGGGGUGCCACUGUCAUGGUUGAUGCUGCUGACCUGGUAGUGCAAGGCAAGGGGACAUUCGAGGAGCUGAUGGUCUGUUCCCGGGAGAUCGCGGCCAGCACCGCACAGCUGGUGGCAGCCUCCAAGGUGAAGGCAGACAAAGACAGCGCCAACCUCUGCAGGCUCCAACAAGCCUCCCGAGGCGUCAACCAGGCCACAGCCAGCGUGGUGGCCUCCACCAAGGCUGGGAAAUCUCAGGUGGAGGAGAAAGAUAGCAUGGACUUUUCCAGCAUGACACUCACCCAGAUCAAGCGUCAGGAGAUGGACUCACAGGUGCGGGUGCUGGAGCUGGAGAACCAGCUACAGAAGGAGCGGCAGAAGCUGGGGGAGCUGCGCAAGAAGCACUACGAGCUGGCUGGCGAGGCAGAAGGCUGGGAGGAGGAUGGAGCCGCCUCCAGCACCAGAGCCGAGCUUCCAGCCACACCCCGGGGCCAGGAUGAGGGCGCAAACCACACCUGUAUUUAUUAGAGCUGCUGGGGGUGGGGGGAGGUGUCUACGCGGGGGUCUUUAACCCUUUAGUUUUGUUUUUGCACAGAUUCUGGGAACUCCUAGAGCCAUCUCUGGCUGAGCAAGAGCGGUUAGUCUUCUCUUGCCUCUUGCUGCUUUUCCAGCCUUAAUCCAGCCCCUGGCUCAUUAAGAAUGUCCCCCCUGUCCCAGGAAUGAGCAUGCUGAAGGUCCCAGGGGUGCCACUGGGCGGAGGACAGCUUUUGGGGUGCUGCUGGGCUUGGUGCUAAGUGUGCUCCCCCUUGGUGGGGACACCGAGUGCCUUUGGCCAUUGCAGGCUGAGAGGUGGUGUCACAUGGGACGCCCUGGCUGGUUACACAGGGUGCCAGGAACAGUUAGGAAAGGGGCAGCAGCAGGAGGGCUGCUGCCAUGAGCUCCUGCUCCUCAAUCCAGGUCCCCAAAAUGCCUCCCAAGCCCUCCCUGAACUGGGAUGCUCUGCCCUGACAGUUCACUGUGUUCAUGCCAGCAAUAAACCCUCCACAAGGUGCUGGGUGUGGGUUUGGGCCACAACAGUGCCACUGCACAAGCCACCAGCUCCUGGGGAUGGGGGGCAACUCUAGGGCAGCAGCACAGAGAGUUUGGGGGGAAGUCAGGGUGCCCCAAAACCAGAGCACCCCAAAGCCAGAAUAAGCAGCUCCCUGUCCCUGCUCACUUUGGUGCCACCCUGGUGUCACCACCCUCUUGGGUGCAGCGGGACCAGGGUCAGUGUGGCGGUGGGCAGGGGCUGCCAUGGGGCUGGCACCAUCCGGGUAACCUUUGUGCCUUGAGUAGGGGGCUCAGAGGGCAGGGGGCAUGAGCCACCUCUGGGCCCCCCAGCUCAUCUCACUGCAGUGGAGACAGUGAUGUCAGACCAUGCAGCUGCCCAUGGUCCUCCUGGUGCCCCUGCUGGGGCCAGUGUCCCUCCUCUUGGGGUGCUGAGGACAGGAUUUGGUCUUUCUCCCUUUGGGAACAGGCUGGGCUGUCACUGUGUUCUUUCCCAGCAAUGCCCACCUGUCAGCACGCAGCUGGCACCUCGAGCAGCGGGACCUGCCACCACUGUGGCCUCAGAGCUGCCACCCCUCCACGCAGCCAUCCAGUGUGCAGGGACCCACCGUUCCCAUGUGCCCUCCCAGCCCUGCUGCUGGACCACCCACUCUGUGCGCCAGCUUGCCAGAGGGACCUGGACCUCCCCCUGGGGGUCCUGCUGCUUCCCCAUCCUCAGCCCAUGCUGGCUCCCCUCGGAUGCAAUACCAACCAUCCUGUUCCUGCAGGACACAGGGAGCCCCAAAACCCUCCCCACUUUUUUGGGGGGAGUCUUGCCUGCACGCCCAACUACCUCAGGCCUUGGGGCUGGGGGUCACAGUUGCAUUGGGAGCUUGGGGACAGCAGCACCACUCUUGGCCAAAUCCACUUGUCCCUUUUGUAUCUCAGCCAGGCAUGGGCAGAGGGUCCCUGCGGUGUCCCCAGUGAUGGCAGCUGGUGACAGGGAUGACAGGGGUAGCCCCCACUGCAGGGCAAAAUGAUUUGGGUUUUCAUUGUAUGAUAAAAUGACCAUGUUGUUUGUUUUGGAUUUUUCAAUAAAGCCUUCGGCCCAGCCCUGCAGCCUGUGGGGAGCUACAGGGGACCUGUGUCACAAGGGGGUCCUGGGCUCAUCAGGGUG